AUGACUAUUAAUGAUGACCGCCCUCCCUUGGGCUUUAUCUCUAUUGAUGUCACAUUACACAGGCCACCGGGGGAUCCUUUCAAUAAAGAUACCUGGCCCUUUCCACUGAUCCGAGAGAAAGUCGAUGGCUCAUCCGAGGCUCAAGUGGUGUGUUCAGGGCCGUAUGACGAGGUCUUUAUCAACAAAUUUGUCGAGGCCAGCGAGAGGCUUGCGAAGCGUGGAGCCGUGGGUAUCAUCACGAGUUGUGGUUUCCUAGCAAUGGCGCAACCGGAUGCUUCCUGCAACACGAAGUGUCGGCAUCCUAACGUUUGA